AUGGCCGUGAUGAGAAGGCCCUCGAUGCGAGCCGCCGCCCUCUCCAGCCAGGGCAGGUCCACAGCGGCCAUGGAGAGCAGGAGCAGGAGCACGGCAGCUAUGAGGAGGAGAAAGUAUACCACGACGUGGUCUGCGUUCGCUGCGAGGUUUGGCACGGUGGUGGACAUGAUCCCAGAGACCCCCCCAGGCCGCGAAGUAGAGCGCGGCUCUGAAACGGCGGUUGCGGACGCCGGGAAAGCCGCCGCCGCCGUGACGAGCGGCCGCCCCGCGGUAAUCGUCGUCUGCGGCGACGCCGUCGUUGUUCAUAGCUGCGUGCUUUUGCGAUUUCAGUUGAUUAAGCUUGGGAUCGAGCCGUCGGGAGUGGGGGGAGGAGACGAGGAAAGCGCGAGCAAUAGAACAUGCAGUGGUACGUUUUGUGAACAACCAGAAGGUGGGGAAGAGAAGGGUGCUCUGCUUACCGGCGAAACGGCGAUGCGGCCAGGCGGGCAGCAGAAGAGCGAAACCGGCAGGAGGGAUCGGAAUACCCGCGUCGGUGGUGGCCUGCUGUGGACGUUGCCGCCUCGCUGCAACUCCAACCCGGGCUUUGAAAGAGGAGGAACAGGAGGUGGUGGUGACCUGGCGGGACAGGCGGGCGGAGAGGACAAUGAUGAGGUGCUGCGGAUGGACGGCUGGGGACGCCUGAUCGAGAUGGGAUGGAAGACAACGAGAAGAGUAGAGGAUGCCGUGAGCCGUGGCCAUUGGCCAAGGGAGGGGGCGAGAACAAAUCUUGAGAGAAGAACUUGCACAGAUACAAUAACGAACGCGAAUGUCGAAAACUUUGUACAAAAAAUGCUUGUCGCUGCCCUGGCAACUGGCAUGGGUACCUACCGGCUACUGUGCUGGCCAGUGUUAUUAGCUAGCCUGUCUCUCUGUCUACUAUUCUGCAUAAUCAUCAAUGACAACCUUGUUGAUUCUUUCUGCAUUGCUGUCCUUGAGUGGCUCAGGGAGACGUGA